UCUCGAGCGCUAGGCGCUAUUGCAACGAUGGAGGCGACAACGGCUACAGGUCCGUCGGCUACCACGACAAAUACCUCUACGAAUAGCGAGGGAAUACUGAUCGGAGACAAAGUUUAUUCUGAAGUGUUCCUCACGAUCGACAAUUCUUUGAUACCCGAGGAGAAGCUGUCUCCGACCCCGUCUAUGCUGGAUGGCCUCGACUUGCACACCGAAACUGACCUCCGAAUCCUCGGCUGUGAGCUGAUCCAGUCCGCGGGGAUUCUGCUACGACUGCCGCAGGUGGCCAUGGCAACCGGACAAGUCCUUUUCCACCGGUUUUUCUACUCGAAGUCAUUUGUGAAACACAGUUUUGAGAUUGUUGCCAUGGCCUGUAUCAAUCUGGCGUCAAAGAUUGAAGAAGCCCCGCGCAGAAUAAGGGACGUCAUUAAUGUUUUUCAUCAUUUAAGGCAGAUCAGAGGAAAAAGGAGCUCAAGUCCACUGAUACUCGACCAGAACUACAUAAACACGAAAAACCAGGUGAUCAAAGCAGAGCGGCGUGUGUUGAAGGAGCUCGGCUUCUGUGUCCACGUCAAGCACCCGCACAAGAUCAUCGUCCUGUACCUGCAAGUCCUUGACUGUGAGAGGAACCAAACACUAGUCCAGACAGCCUGGAACUACAUGAACGACAGCCUUCGCACCAACGUGUUCGUGAGGUUUCAAGCAGAGACCAUUGCCUGCGCCUGCAUAUACCUUGCUGCCCGAGCACUACAGAUUCCGCUGCCCUCUCGACCUCACUGGUACCUUCUGUUUGGAGCCACAGAAGAUGAGAUCAAAGACAUCUGUAUCACCACGCUGAAGCUCUACACAAGGAAGAAGCCGAACUACGACCUGCUGGAGCGUGAGGUGGAGAAGAGGAAGAUGGCUCUGCAGGAGGCUAAGCUGAAGGCCAAGGGGUUGAACCCGGACGGCACACCUGCCCUGUCCACACUGGGCGGAUUCUCUCCUGCCUCCAAGCCUUCCUCUCCCAGCGUGACGAAGGUGGACGAGAAAUCCCCCAACCCUCAGGCCCUUAAGGCGGUGAAGAAGGAAGCCGAGGACAGGCCCCAGGCCUCCAAGAGCCCCCACAAUGGGCUCAGGAAGGAGGGGAAACUGGGUCGCACCAGCCGGAGUGGCAGCCGCUCGCGCUCUAGGACGCGCUCGCGCUCCCGGUCACGCUCUCCUCGACGACAUUACAACAACCGACGCAGUCGCUCAGGCACCUACAGCUCACGCUCACGCAGCCGCUCGCACAGUCGCAGUCCGUCACCGCGGCGACACGCCAACCACGGCCCGCCCUCGCCCCUCUUGCCGCACCUAAAGUCGAAGCAGCGCUCAGAGGAGCUGAAGCAGCACGCCCGCCAUGGACAUAAGAGGAAGCGCUCGCGCUCAGGCAGCAAGCCUCGUGACCGUGAGCGCGAGCGCGACAGGGAGCGCGAGCGUGGCCCCGCGGACCUUGCGUCCAAAAAGCACCGGCACGAGCGUGCCACUGGGGGGGGGCAGCACCGAGAGCGUCGCGAAAGGUCCCGCUCAUACGAACGCUCCCACAAGAGUAAACACUCGCACAGCGGCCACUCGAGCCACAGCCGCCACCGCCGCUGACAGGUGUGUGUGCGAGCAAGCAACCGUGUGUGUGCGCGCUCAGUGGACCUGAGACUGUAAUUAUUGUUUUAUGUUGGUUUGUUUCUUUUUGUUUUUUUCCCCCAUAUUUUUGGAAAAAUCUUAGUUGAAAUGUAAAGUGAAGGACUUGAAACUACAUAUUUACAGUGUAAAGACAGUUCAGUGCUGACUUAUUACAAAGAAUGCUUUGAUUCAUAAAAGCAACCUUUUGUUUAAGCGUGGGGAGAGAAAUCAGUAAUUUAAUAACGUGUUCAGGAAAGACAUCCAGACUUUGCACGGGUAUAGGUAUAUUUCCACAAGGCGUUUGCUCUGCAGACGUAAGAGAUUUCUCUAGCGAUAGAUCCUAUUUUUUUACAGGCGGAUGCGGAACUUUUUGUUUUUUCUUCGAUCGUGGUGAAUUUGUUACACUGGUUUUAGUCUGCACGUAUUCACGUCAGAUUUUUACUCAAUAAAAAGUAUGAAUUAAAAAAAAGACUUCUUCAGCUCUCA